AUGGUUUGGCUCUUGGCCUUCAUCAGGGAGGCAUACUUUACCCAUGAUGACAUGCAAACCAUGCUGAAUGAUGACAUGCAAACCAUGCUGAAUGAUGACAUGCAAACCAUGCUGAAUGAUGACAUGCAAACCAUGCUGAAUGAUGACAUGCAAACCAUGCUGAAUGAUGACAUGCAAACCAUGCUGAAUGUCGGUCUGUAAUUAUGAGCAGGUUAUGUUGAUGUGAAGAGGAAAGGAUCCGUCAAUAGGCUUUCAUCAUUCUCUCCUUAUCGCUCUUUGGCACUGUGGGGGUUAAUCAUGUCUGAAUUUCUGAAUCGGAUCCAUUUCCAGGGAGUUACUAAUUACUGUCCAAUUUACCCUGGAACUCAGGCUAGUGCCUCCCAGUUGGCACUGGCACCCUAUUUAAUCCCUAAUGGUACACUACUUUUGACUAGGGCCCAUAGGCUCUGGUCCCCUGGUCUAAAGUAGUGUACCAUAAAGGGGAACAGAGGCUCUGGUCCCCUGGUCUAAAGUAGUGUACCAUAAAGGGGCCCAGAGGCUCUGGUCCCCUGGUCUAAAGUAGUGUACCAUAAAAGGGAACAGAGGCUCUGGUCCCCUGGUCUAAAGUAGUGUACCAUAAAAGGGAACAGAGGCUCUGGUCCCCUGGUCUAAAGUAGUGUACCAUAAAGGGAACAGAGGCUCUGGUCCCCUGGUCUAAAGUAGUGCCCCAUAAAGGGAACAGAGGCUCUGGUCUCCUGGUCUAAAGUAGUGUACCAUAAAGGGAACAGAGGCUCUGGUCCCCUGGUCUAAAGUAGUGUACCAUAAAGGGGAACAGAGGCUCUGGUCCCCUGGUCUAAAGUAGUGUACCAUAAAGGGAACAGAGGCUCUGGUCCCCUGGUCUAAAGUAGUGCACCAUAAAGGGAACAGAGGCUCUGGUCUCCUGGUCUAAAGUAGUGUACCAUAAAAGGGAACAGAGGCUCUGGUCCCCUGGUCUAAAGUAGUGUACCAUAAAGGGCCCAUAGGCUCUGGUCCCCUGGUCUAAAGUAGUGCCCCAUAAAGGGAACAGAGGCUCUGGUCUCCUGGUCUAAAGUAGUGUACCAUAAAGGGAACAGAGGCUCUGGUCCCCUGGUCUAAAGUAGUGUACCAUAAAAGGGCCCAGAGGCUCUGGUCUCCUGGUCUAAAGUAGUGUACCAUAAAGGGAACAGAGGCUCUGGUCCCCUGGUCUAAAGUAGUGUACCAUAAAGGGAACAGAGGCUCUGGUCCCCUGGUCUAAAGUAGUGCCCCAUAAAGGGAACAGAGGCUCUGGUCCCCUGGUCUAAAGUAGUGUACCAUAAAAGGGAACAGAGGCUCUGGUCCCCUGGUCUAAAGUAGUGUACCAUAAAAGGGAACAGAGGCUCUGGUCCCCUGGUCUAAAGUAGUGUACCAUAAAGGGAACAGAGGCUCUGGUCCCCUGGUCUAAAGUAGUGCCCCAUAAAGGGAACAGAGGCUCUGGUCUCCUGGUCUAAAGUAGUGUACCAUAAAAGGGAACAGAGGCUCUGGUCCCCUGGUCUAAAGUAGUGUACCAUAAAGGGCCCAUAGGCUCUGGUCCCCUGGUCUAAAGUAGUGCCCCAUAAAGGGAACAGAGGCUCUGGUCUCCUGGUCUAAAGUAGUGUACCAUAAAGGGAACAGAGGCUCUGGUCCCCUGGUCUAAAGUAGUGUACCAUAAAAGGGCCCAGAGGCUCUGGUCUCCUGGUCUAAAGUAGUGUACCAUAAAGGGAACAGAGGCUCUGGUCCCCUGGUCUAAAGUAGUGUACCAUAAAGGGAACAGAGGCUCUGGUCCCCUGGUCUAAAGUAGUGCACCAUAAAGGGAACAGAGGCUCUGGUCCCCUGGUCUAAAGUAGUGUACCAUAAAAGGGAACAGAGGCUCUGGUCCCCUGGUCUAAAGUAGUGUACCAUAAAGGGGAACAGAGGCUCUGGUCCCCUGGUCUAAAGUAGUGUACCAUAAAGGGAACAGAGGCUCUGGUCCCCUGGUCUAAAGUAGUGUACCAUAAAAGGGAACAGAGGCUCUGGUCCCCUGGUCUAAAGUAGUGUACCAUAAAGGGGAACAGAGGCUCUGGUCCCCUGGUCUAAAGUAGUGUACCAUAAAGGGAACAGAGGCUCUGGUCCCCUGGUCUAAAGUAGUGUACCAUAAAAGGGAACAGAGGCUCUGGUCCCCUGGUCUAAAGUAGUGUACCAUAAAGGGAACAGAGGCUCUGGUCUCCUGGUCUAAAGUAGUGUACCAUAAAGGGAACAGAGGCUCUGGUCCCCUGGUCUAAAGUAGUGUACCAUAAAAGGGAACAGAGGCUCUGGUCCCCUGGUCUAAAGUAGUGUACCAUAAAGGGAACAGAGGCUCUGGUCCCCUGGUCUAAAGUAGUGUACCAUAAAAGGGAACAGAGGCUCUGGUCCCCUGGUCUAAAGUAGUGUACCAUAAAAGGGAACAGAGGCUCUGGUCCCCUGGUCUAAAGUAGUGUACCAUAAAGGGAACAGGGUGCCAUUUGGGACACCGCCUGCAUGUCUGAUUCGGAUCCACAUCCAGCAGCCUGGUCUCAUAGACCAGACGUAACAUGGUAAAUGUAAAUAGGAUCCAAACAGUAUGAUAUAAUAAUAAUAAUAAUAAUAAUAAUAAUAUGAUAUGUUACGUUUGGUCUGGUUACAUAAGACUUAAGACUCUAGCAACCCAAACGUUGCGAGUUCGAAUCUCAUCACGGACAACUUUAGCAUUUUAGUUAAUUAGCAACUUUUCAACUACUUAGCAUGUUAGCCAACCCUUCCCCUAACCUUAACCCUUUUAGUUAACCCUUCCCCUAACCUUAACCCUUUUAGUUAACCCUUCCCCUGACCUUAACCCUUUUAGCUAACACUUCCCCUAACCUUAACCCUUUUAGCUAACCCUUCCCCUGACCUUAACCCUUUUAGCUAACCCUUCCCCUGACCUUAACCCUUUCCCUAACCUUAACCCUUUUAGCUAACCCUUCCCCUUUCCCUAACCUUAACCCUUUUAGCUAACCCUUCCCCUUCCCCUAACCUUAACCCUUUUAGCUAUCCCUUCCCCUGACCUUAACCCUUUCCCUAACCUUAACCCUUUUAUCAUACGUUUUGCAAAUUCAUCAUGUAAUACGAAAUGGGUGAUGGACAUCCACAAUUUUAAUACAUACGAAACGUAACAUAUCAUACCAAAUGGACUGUCCCGGAUUUACAUACAGAAUAAUACGAAAUGCUUUGAGACCAGGUUGCUUCCAGGGAGCUACUAGUUAUUGUCCAAAUGACCCUUGAACUGGCGUGUAACUCCUGUCUCUGUCUUCACAGCGUUCAUACAGUCAGACACAAUCCUCGAGGUGCUACACUUUGGAGAAGGAGGACGCCUCUUACAGGUAAGCCACAGUUCAUCUCUUUAAGCAGCCAGUUAACCUUUUGUUGAAACACUUGUUACUUUUAUGACUGGAGGGUCCUCUGUGUUUGUUCCGGCUCAGUAAAGCUGUCUGUUAUUGUGUAGUAGGACUAUGCUAUGGGUAUAAAAAACAGAACCAAAUACCACCCUAUCCUUUACCUGGCUACCCAGACUCCUUGCUCCUGCCAAACGCUAGGCCACGCCCGCAUUCGUUUCUUCUCCUCAAGGAGUCUGGAUCUGAGUAUCCUUCACCGAAUGCCAACACGUUCAGGACUGGUCUGACUGGUCCAGAAACCGAUGGUUUGGGCCAGAGCCAGAACACACGUGGGUAAAGAGGUGGUUUUGAAAAUGUGUCAUUGGCUUUGAUACUCUGAUAGGUCAGAGACGAUCCAAUCGCCGAUGACUUUGUUUUGUACUCGUCACCACCAACGACUUCAAUGAUGGCAGUCUCAGACUGAAGUAUGUAGAGCAGAACCACAGAGCAGCAGAACUAUUUAGUGUGAGUAGUCAGGCUACCCUAUUCUAGAGCAUUACUUUGGACCAGAACCUUUACAGUCUGUAUAUCAGCUAUAGGGUGCUGUUCUAGAGCAUUACUUUGGACCAGAGCCUUUACAGUCUGUAUAUCAGCUAUAGGGUGCUGUUCUAAAGCAUUACUUUGGACCAGAGCCUUUAGUCUGUAUAUCAGCUAUAGGGUGCUGUUCUAGAGCAUUACUUUGGACCAGAACCUUUACAGUCUGUAUAUCGGCUAUAGGGUGCUGUUCUAGAGCAUUACUUUGGACCAGAACCUUUACAGUCUGUAUAUCGGCUAUAGGGUGCUGUUCUAGAGCAUUACUUUGGACCAGAACCUUUACAGUCUGUAUAUCGGCUAUAGGGUGCUGUUCUAGAGCAUUACUUUGGGACCAGAACCUUACAGUCUGUAUAUCAGCUAUAGGGUGCCGUUCUAGAGCAUUACUUUGGACCAGAACCUUUACAGUCUGUAUAUCAGCUAUAGGGUGCCGUUCUAGAGCAUUACUUUGGACCAGAACCUUUACAGUCUGUAUAUCAGCUAUAGGGUGCUGUUCUAGAGCAUUACUUUGGACCAGAACCUUUACAGUCUGUAUAUCAGCUAUAGGGUGCUGUUCUAGAGCAUUACUUUGGACCAGAACCUUUACAUUCUGUAUAUCAGCUAUAGGGUGCUGUUCUAGAGCAUUCCUUUGGAACCAGACCUUUACAGUCUGUAGAUUCAGCCUUAGGUGCUGUUUUCUAGAGCAUUACUUUGGAACAGAACCUUUACAGUCUGUAUAAUCAGCUAUAGGGUGCCCGGUUCUAGAGCAAUUACUUUGGACCAGGCCUUUACAGUCUGUAUAUCAGGCUAUAGGUGCUGUUCUAUACAUUACUUUGGACCUACCUUUACAGUCUGUAUAUCAGCUAUAUGGUGCCGUUCUAGAGCAUUACUUUGGAACAGAACCUUUCCGUCUGGUAUUCAGCUAUAGGGUGGCCGUUUCUAGAGCAUUACUUUGGACCAGUAACCCUCUGGGCACUACAUAGGAAUAGGGUGCAUUCUCUGGUCUAAGUCGGGGCACUAUAUAGGAAUAAGAGGGUGCCCUUCUCUGGUCUAAGUUAGGGCACUAUAUAGUGGUCUAAAGAGUGGCACUACAUAGGGAAUAGGGUGCCUUUUGGGACGCAGGCAUGGCUUAAUUUAGACCAGCAGAAAGAAGCACCGCUAGAUAGUAGAUUUAACUGGCCUACACUGGAUUUAGCUCACUUGGCAGCAUCACAAAGACUCCCACUCAUUAAUACAGAAGGACACUCACCUCCACUGACUCAGAGAGAUGCCCUGCCAGUGGGAAUACUGCUAAUGUAAAGACUGUAAAGAUAUUUUUAGGUUCAUACAGUCUAUAUCCAGUCACUCACAUCAACUUGUGUUUCACACCCUCACACUUUAAAGCCAAGAUGUCUUGCAUAUCAUACUACAUUCUCCUGAUUUUAACAAGUUUUGUAUUUUGAACAUAAACUUGUUGCCUUUCAGAAGCUUUACUAAAACGUAUCGUGAUUGUUUUCUUCUCUUUGCAGACAGAGUCUGACAUUGAUCUUAGUUUAUUUAACAGAAAAAGGUAAGUUGUCUAUUUUUUGUCUCUCUUCAAUCCAAUGUGCUGCCCCCAAUUAUCCAGUUGGUCUACAGACAGACAGAUCCCAGCAUGUGUUUCACAUUAGAAAGGCCAUGCGAUGCCUGUUGUGGGACGUGAAUCUGCCAUUUAGAUUUACAUUUACAUUUUAGUCAUUUAGCAGACGCUCUUAUCCAGAGCGACUUACAGUUAGUGAAUACAUAUAUAUAUAUAUAUAUAUAUAUAUAUAUAUAUAUAUUUUUUUUUUUAAAUAUAUACUGGCCCCCCGUGGGAAUCGAACCCACAACCCUGGUGUUACAAACGCCAUGCUCUAUCAACUGAGCUACAUCCCUGGAUAAAUGACCUGGCUUGUUACCGUGCUUGUUACUGGACUUGUGAAUCUGCAAUUAGAUAGAUUACCUGAUGCAUGGACCGCCUUCACAAAAAAAAGAUUGCAGUUUUGAAACUGCAGUAACUGCAGUCGCUUGUGGUAUUUUGGAUACAGUAUUUGCAGCAUCAGUUAUACUGCACUCUAUCGGCAAUCUUUUUUCAUAAGGGCGGUUUGAGUUUUUACUUUACCUUCUAUAACAGUAUUUUAAUGUUUGGUUUGUUAAAUGUAAUGAGCAACUCCGCCGCGUAUCAUGUCAGUUUUUAUAGUUGACUCUGUUUGCUCCUUGAGUCAUCUCUCCCCCUCUGUAUGUGCUGAAUACAACAGGUGCAGACAUUACAGUGAAAUGCUUACUUACAGCCCUUAACCAACAAUGCAUUUAUUGUUUAAUAAAAAAAGUAAAAUAAAAUAAAACAACAACAAAAAAGUGUUGAGAAAAAAAGAGCAGAAGUAAAAUAAAAUAACUGUAGGGAGGCUAUAUAUACAGGGGGGUACCGGUGCAGAGCCAAUGUGCGGGGGCACCGGCUAGUUGAGGUAGUUGAAGUAAUAUGUACAUGUGGAUAGAGUUAAAGUGACUAUGCAUAAAUAAUUAACAGAGUAGCAGCAGCGUAAAAAGAUGGGGUGGGGGGGGGGGGGGCAGUGCAAAUAGUCCGGGUAGCCAUGAUUAGCUGUUCAGGAGUCUUAUGGCUUGGGGGUAGAAGCUGUUGAGAAGUCUUUUGGACCUAGACUUGGCACUCCGGUACCGCUUGCCGUGCGGUAGCAGAGAGAACAGUCUAUGACUAGGGUGGCUGGAAUCUUUGACAAUUUUGAGGGCCUUCCUCUGACACCGCCUGGUAUAGAGGUCCUGGAUGGCAGGAAGCUUUGCCCCAGUGAUGUACUGGGCCGUACGCACUACCCUCUGUAGUGCGUUGCGGUCGAGGCCAAGCAGUUGCCAUACCAGGCGGUGAUGCAACCAGUCAGGAUGCCUACGAUGGUGCAGCUGUAGAAUUUUUUGAGGAUCUGAGGACCCAUGCCAAAUCUUUUCAGUCUCCCGAGGGGGAAUAGGCUUUGUCGUGCCCUCUUCAAGACUGUCUUGGUGUGUUCGGACCAUGAUAGUUCAAGGAACUUUAAGCUCUCAACCUGUUCCACUACAGCCCCGUAGAUGAGAAUGGGGGCGUGCUCAGUCCUCUUUUUUUUUCUCCUGUAGACCACAAUCAACUCCUUUGUCUGGGUCACGUUGAGGGAGAGGUUGUUAUCCUGGCACCACACGGCCAGGUCUCUGACCUCCUCCCUAUAGGCUGUCUCGUCGUUGUCAGUGAUCAGGCCUACCACUGUUGUCUCAUCGGCAAACUUAAUGAUGGUGUUGGAGUCGUGCCUGGCCAUGCAGUCAUGGGUGAACAAGGGGUACAGGAGGGGACUGAGCACGCACCCCUGAGGGGCCCCCGUGUUGAGGAUCAGUGUGGCAGAUGUGUUGUUACCUACCCUUACCACCUGGGGGCGGCCCGUCAGGAAGUCCAGGAUCCAGUUGCAGAGGGAGGUGUUCAGUCCCAGGGUCCUUAGCUUAGUGAUGAGCUUUGAGGGGACUAUGGUGUUGAAUGCUGAGCUGUAGUCAAUGAAUAGCAUUCUCACUUAGGUGUUCCUCUUGUCCAGGUGGGAAAGGGCAGUGUGGAGUGCAAUAGAGAUUGCAUCAGCUGUGGAUCUGUUGGGGCAGUAUGCAAAUUGGAAUGGGUCUAGGGUUUCUGGGAUAAUGGUGUUGAUGUGAGCCAUGACCAGCCUUUCAAAGCACUUCAUGGCUACAGACGUGAGUGUUACGGGUCGGUAGUCAUUUAGGCAGGUUAUCUUAGUGUCCUUGGGCACGGGGACUAUGGUGGUCUGCUUGAAACAUGUUGGUAUUACAGACUCAGUCAGGGACAUGUUGAAAAUGUCAGUGAAGACACUUGCCAGUUGGUUAGCAUAUGCUCGGAGUACACGUCCUGGUAAUCCGUCUGGCACUGCAGCCUUGUGAAUGUUGACCUGCUUAAAAGUCUUACUCACAUUGGCUACGGAGAGCGUGAUCACAUAGUCAUCCAGAACAGCUGGUGCUCUCAUGCAUGCUUCAGUGUUGCUUGCCUCGAAGCGAGCGUAGAAGUGGUUUAGCUCGUCUGGAAGUAUUGUGUCACUGGGCAGCUCGCGGCUGUGCUUCCCUUUGUAGUCUGUAAUAGUUUUCAAGCCCUGCCACAUCCGACGAGCGUCAGAGCCAGUGUAGUACGAUUCAAUCUUAGGUCUGUAUUGACUCUUUGCCUGUUUGAUGGUUCGUCGGAGGGCAUAGCAGGAUUUCUUAUAAGCGUCCGGGGUUAGAGUCCCGCUCCUUGAAAGCGGCAGCUCAACCCUUUAGCUCAGUGCAGAUGUUGCCUGUAAUCCAUGGCUUCUGGUUGGGGUAUGUACGUACGGUCACUGUGGGGAUGACGUCAUCGAUGCACUUAUUGAUGAAGCCAGUGUCUGAUGUGGCGUACUCCUCAAUGCUAUCUGAAGAAUCCCGGAACAUGUUCCAGUCUGUGCUAGCGAAACAGUCCUGUAGCUUAGCAUCUGCGUCAUCCUAACUGACCUAAAACAGGGAAUUUUUACUAGGAUUAAAUGUCAGGAAUUGUGAAAAACUUGAGUUUAAAUGUAUUUGGCUUCAACUGUACAUACAGUACCAGUCAAAAGUUUGGACACACCUACUCAUCCAAGGGUUGUUCUACAUUGUAGAAUAAUAGUGAAGACAUCAAAACUAUGAAAUAACACAUAUGGAAUCAUGUAGUAACCAAAAAAGUGUUAAACAAAUCAAAAUGUGUUUUAUAGCCACCCUUUGCCUUGAUGACAGCUUUGCACACUCUUGGCAUUCUCUCAACCAGCUUCACCUGGAAUGCUUUUCCAACAGUCUUGAAGGAGUUCCCACAUAUGCUGAGCACUUGUUGGCUGCUUUUCCUUCACUCUGCAGUCCGACUCAUCCCAAACCAUCUCAAUUGGGUUGAGGUCAGGGGAUUGUGGAGGCCAGGUCAUCUGAUCCAGCACUCCAUCACUCUCCUUCUUGGUAAAAUAGCCCUUACACAGCCUGGAGGUGUGUUGGGUCAUUGUCCUGUUGAAAAACAAAUGAUAGUCCCACUAAGCCCAAACCAGAUGGGAUGGCGUAUCGCUGCAGAAUGCUGUGGUAGCCAUGCUGGUUAAGUGUGCCUUGAAUUCUAAAUAAAUCACAGAUAGUGUCACCAGCAUAGCACCCAAACACCAUAACAUACAUUGUACCAUGCUUUCAUGUUUCACUACAUGGCUGCUAGUACAAAACCAUGGUAUUUGUUUCAUUUGUACUACCAUGGUUCAUUUUUGUACCAUGGUAGCUAGUACAAUGAAACAAAUAUAAUGUUUUUUUUGGUCACUACCAUGGCAGGAAAAUAUCAUGGUACUGGUGCAAAUACCAUGGUAUUGUCCUGCCAUGGUAGUGACCAAAAAACCAUGAUAUUACCCUGGUAUUUUUUUCAUUGUACUACAAUGGUACAUUUUUCUAAGGGUACAAGCUGGCGAGCUCUAUGGCGCUACCAUGCUAUGUUGUUGUCUUAGGUCUCUCUUUAUGUAGUGUUGUGGUGUCUCUCUUUAUGUAGUGUUGUGGUGUCUCUCUUUAUGUAGUGUUGUGGUGUCUCUUUAUGUAGUGUUGUGGUGUCUCUCUUUAUGUAGUGUUGUGGUGUCUCUCUUUAUGUAGUGUUGUGGUGUCUCUCUUUAUGUAGUGUUGUGGCGUCUCUCUUUAUGUAGUGUUGUGGCGUCUCUCUUUAUGUAGUGUUGUGGUGUCUCUCUAUGUAGUGUUGUGGUGUCUCUCUUUAUGUAGUGUUGUGGCGUCUCUCUUUAUGUAGUGUUGUGGCGUCUCUCUUUAUGUAGUGUUGUGGCGUCUCUCUUUAUGUAGUGUUGUGGCGUCUCUCUUUAUGUAGUGUUGUGGCGUCUCUCUUUAUGUAGUGUUGUGGUGUCCUCUUUAUGUAGUGUUGUGGUGUCUCUCUUUAUGUAGUGUUGUGGUGUCUCUCUUUAUGUAGUGUUGUGGUGUCUCUCUUUAUGUAGUGUUGUGGUGUCUCUUUAUGUAGUGUUGUGGUGUCUCUUUAUGUAGUGUUGGUCUCUCUUUAUGUAGUGUUGUGGUGUCUCUCUUUAUGUAGUGUUGUGGUGUCUCUUUAUGUAGUGUUGUGGUGUCUCUCUUUAUGUAGUGUUGUGGUGUCUCUCUCGUCGUGAUGUGUAUUUUGUCCUAUAUGUUUUUAAAUUUAUUUUUUAUCCCAGCCCCCUGUUCCCCGCAGGAGGCCUUUUGCCUUUUGGUAGGCCGUCAUUGUAAAUAAGAAUUUGUUCUUAACUGACUUGCCUAGUUAAAUAAAAAAAAUAAAAAAUAACGGCUAUCAUCAUCGGGUGGUGGUUAGCCAUGUAGCUAGCUAGCUAACUUAGCUGCUAGGAUAGCUCACUAACAUUAGCAUGCUAGACAAGUAGGCUAACGUGCGCAAGUUAGCCUACUAGCUGCCAAAGCCAUCCGUAGCGAAAUGAUUAAUCAUUCAUAGCUAGUUAUCUUAUCUCUACAUGUUUCCUCAAGUUCAAGGCAGAGUUUUUGUAGGCAGCCACCUUCUGCUAUCAUGGGUAAGCAAAGCUUGCAUUGCAUUGAUUACACUAUCGCCUCUCCUGUGCUUGAAGAAGAACUGGUCACUGAAAUGCAUUCUCCUCAUCUUCUUCAGAAGAUUCUGUGUCUGGGUUUUCUCCUGACUCUCCUCCAUCUCCAUUGUUUUUCACCACGUCUCGAACUAGCUAUUUUCUUUUGGCCUGUUCAUCAUUCAGUAUGUGCGCACAGCUUGAUUUGAUUGGUCUGUUUUGAUGCGUGAAAUCUGACUUGAUUGGUCACUCUGACUAAACAACUAUUUUGUUCUGGCUGCGAGGGGCUCCUCCCGCGACCUUUCUGUGUCAACAUUAGACCCGAGUGGCGCAGUGGUCUAAGGCACUGCAUCACAGUGCUAGCUGUGCCACUAGAGAUCCUGGUUCGAAUCCAGGCUCUGUCGCAGCCGGCCGCGACCGGGAGACCCAUGAGGCGGCGCACAAUUGGCCCAGCGUCGUCCAGGGUAGGGGAGGGAAUGGCCGGCAGGGAUGUAGCUCAGUUGGUAGAGCAUGGCGUUUGCAACGCCAGGGUUGUGGGUUCGAUUCCCACGGGGGGCCAGUAUAAAAAAAUAAAAAUAAAAAUAAUGUAUGCACUCACUAACUGUAAGUCGCUCUGGAUAAGAGUGUCUGCUAAAUGACUAAAAUGUAAAUGUAACAUGAUCUACCAUUAUGGAUAGCUUACAAAAUGUGAAUCUGUAACAGAUGGUUUUUAAAAAGGUAACAAAGUACAAUACUUCAUUCAAAACAUAAGUACAAGUAAAAUAACUGACUUUGAAAAAUACUCUCAAAAGUACAAGUACUCUGAAAAGCAAAAAAUAGUUACAAUUUCGUAUUAACACUGGAAUGAUAGAUGUGCAAAAGAUGAUGUGCAAAUAGAGAUACUGGGGUGCAAAUGAUCAAAAUAAAUAACAAUAUGGGGAUGAGGUAGUUGGGUGGGCUAAUUUCAGAUGGGCUGUGUACAGGUGCAGUGAUCGGUAAGGUGCUCUGACAAACCCCGUCUGCAGCUGGGAGGGAAUGGGUAUGAGAUCUAAACCCCGUCUGCAGCUGGGAGGGAAUGGGUAUGAGAUCUAAACCCCGUCUGCAGCUGGGAGGGAAUGGGUAUGAGAUCUAAACCCCGUCUACAGCUGGGAGGGAAUGGGUAUGAGAUCUAAACCCCGUCUGCAGCUGGGAGGGAAUGGGUAUGAGAUCUAAAUCCCGUCUGCAGCUGGGAGGGAAUGGGUAUGAGAUCUAAACCCCGUCUGCAGCUGGGAGGGAAUGGGUAUGAGAUCUAAACCCGUCUGCAGCUGGGAGGGAAUGGGUAUGAGAUCUAAACCCCGUCUGCAGCUGGGAGGGAAUGGGUAUGAGAUCUAAACCCCGUCUACAGCUGGGAGGGAAUGGGUAUGAGAUCUAAAUCCUGUCUACAAGUUUGAUUUGCAUGUGAUGUCCAUCCAGUAAUGGCCCACAACAGAGCUGUAUGAUUCUACCUGCAGGGAGGAUUCAGUGAGGAAGAGGAUGCCCUGACCCUCCUGCCUACUGGAUCACACCUGUUCUCAGGCUUGCUUGGUGGCUUCCUCCCCUCUCUGCCUGGAGCUCCACACACCUGUUCUCAGGCUUGCUUGGUGGCUUCCUCCCCUCUGGAGCUCCAUACACCUGUUCUCAGCUUGCUUGUGGCUUCCUCCCCUCUCUGCCUGGAGCUCCACACGCCUGUUCUCAGGCUUGCUUUGGUGGCUUCCUCCCCUCUCUGCCUGGAGCUCCACACGCCUGUUCUCAGGCUUGCUUGGUGGCUUCCUCCCCUCUCUGCCUGGAGACUCCACACACCUGUUCUCAGGGCUGCUUGGUGGCUUCCUCCCCUCUCUGCCUGGAGCUCCACACACCCUGUUCUCAGGCUUUGCUUGGUGGCUUCCUCCCCUCUCUGGCCUGGAGCUCCACACACCUGUUCUCAGGCUUGCUUGGUGGCUUCCUCCCCUCUCUGCCUGGAGCUCCACACACCUGUUCUCAGGCUUGCUUGGUGGCUUCCUCCCCUCUCUGCCUGGAGCUCCACACGCCUGUUCUCAGGCUUGCAUUGGUGGCUUCCUCCCCUCUCUGCCUGGAGCUCCACACGCCUGUUCUCAGGCUUGCUUGGUGGCUUCCUCCCCUCUCUGCCUGGAGCUCCACACGCCUGUUCUCAGGCUUGCUUGGUGGCUUCCUCCCCUCUCUGCCUGGAGCUCCACACACCUGUUCUCAGGCUUGCUUGGUGGCUUCCUCCCCUCUCUGCCUGGAGCUCCACACACCUGUUCUCAGGCUUGCUUGGUGGCUUCCUCCCCUCUCUGCCUGGAGCUCCACACACCUGUUCUCAGGCUUGCUUGGUGGCAUCCUCCCCUCUCUGCCUGGAGCUCCACACACCUGUGAACCUGCGUGCCUACACUCUCAACCAAUCAGGGCUUCUCUCUGCCAGUCUGUGUGACAACAAACUCGAUGCAUCUGUGCAGUGCGUUUCUAUGUGGACACAAGGAUCCACAACCGGUAGAAACAAAGAUGUUUGUCUUUGGGAGAAACAGGACAUGGUGUGUGUGUGUGUGUGUGUGUGUGUGUGUGUUUGUGUGUGUACUGUUUAGUUUGAGAUGCAUUGCACAUUAAUUUAACCUGGACGCCACUGUAGUGUACGUUAAAUUGCAGAUCCAGAUCAACAUGGAGCCCCAACUCUCUUCCUGUCUAACUGUCCUCUUCCUGUCUCCUCCAGUGCAUCCCCACAUCCAGAGAACUGCAGACCUAUACUCUUCCAGCCUCCAAUGCUGGACUUCCAUGAACAGUAAGUACCUGACUAGUACCUAGUAAGUACUAGUAAGUACCUGACUCAAAACAUGCCUUAAUAACCUCAUCAAAACAUGCCUUACUAACCUCCUCAAAACAUGCCUUACUAACCUCAUCAAAACAUGCCUUACUAACCUCCUCAAAACAUGCCUUAAUAACCUCCUCAAAACAUGCCUUAAUAACCUCAUCAAAACAUGCCUUACUAACCUCCUCAAAACAUGCCUUACUAACCUCCUCAAAACAUGCCUUACUAACCUCCUCAAAACAUGCCUUACUAACCUCAUCAAAACAUGCCUUACUAACCUCAUCAAAACAUGCCUUACUAACCUCCUCAAAACAUGCCUUACUAACCUCCUCAAAACAUGCCUUACUAACCUCCUCAAAACAUGCCUUACUAACCUCAUCAAAACAUGCCUUACUAACCUCAUCAAAACAUGCCUUAAUAACGUCCUCAAAACAUGCCUUACUAACCUCCUCAAAACAUGCCUUACUAACCUCAUCAAAACAUGCCUUACUAACCUCCUCAAAACAUGCCUUACUAACCUCCUCAAAACAUGCCUUAAUAACCUCCUCAAAACAUGCCUUACUAACCUCAUCAAAACAUGCCUUAAUAACGUCCUCAAAACAUGCCUUACUAACCUCCUCAAAACAUGCCUUACUAACCUCCUCAAAACAUGCCUUAAUAACCUCCUCAAAACAUGCCUUAAUAACCUCAUCAAAACAUGCCUUACUAACCUCCUCAAAACAUGCCUUACUAACCUCAUCAAAACAUGCCUUACUAACCUCAUCAACAUGCCUUACUAACCUCAUCAAAACAUGCCUUACUAACCUCAUCAAAACAUGCCUUACUAACCUCAUCAAAACAUGCCUUAAUAACCUCAUCAAAACAUGCCUUACUAACCUCCUCAAAACAUGCCUUAAUAACCUCCUCAAAACAUGCCUUAAUAACCUCCUCAAAACAUGCCUUACUAACCUCCUCAAAACAUGCCUUACUAACCUCCUCAAAACAUGCCUUAAUAACGUCCUCAAAACAUGCCUUACUAACCUCAUCAAAACAUGCCUUACUAACCUCAUCAAAACAUGCCUUACUAACCUAAUCAAAACAUGCCUUAAUAACCUCCUCAAAACAUGCCUUACUAACCUCCUCAAAACAUACCUUACUAACCAUGUCAUUACAGAGGAGGACAGGGAAACCUGUCAUAUAAUGAAUCACUGUCACAAAGAAAGGAAGGGUGACACACCCCCAGGCCGUUGGUAUUCUCCAUUAUGUCAGUAUGCCGUUGGUAUUCUCCAUUAUGUCAGUAUGCCGUUGGUAUUCUCCAUUAUGUCAGUAUGCCGUUGGUAUUCUCCAUUAUGUUAGUAUGCCGUUGAUAUUCUCAGUUAUGUCAGUAUGCCGUUGAUAUUCUCCAUUAUGUCAGUAUGCCGUUGAUAUUCUCCAUUAUGUCAGUAAGCUGUUGUAUUGAUGAUAAUGUAGACCUACAGCUUCACCUGGAAUGCUUUCCAAUAGUCUUGAAGGAGUUCCCACAUAUGCUGAGCACAUGUUGGCUGCUUUUCCUUCACUCUGCCGUCCGACUCAUCCCAAACCAUCUCAAUUUGGUUGAGGUCGGGGGAUUGUGGAGGCCAGGUCAUCUGAUGCAGCACUCCAUCACUCUCCUUCUUGGUAAAAUAUCCCUUACACAGCUUGGAGGUGUGUUGGGUCAUUAAGCCCAAACCAGAUGGGAUGGCGUAUCGCUGCAGAAUGCUGUGGUAGCCAUGCUGGUUAAGUGUGCCUUGAAUUCUAAAUAAAUCACAGACAGUAUCACCAGAAAAGCACCCAAACACCAUAACACCUCCUCCUCCAUGCUUUACGGUGGGAAAUACACAUGCGGAGAUCAUCUGUUCAUCCACACCGCGUCUCACAAAGACACGGCGGUUGGAACCAAAAUCUCCAAAUUGGACUCCAGACCAAAGACACAUUUCCACUGGUCUAAUGUCCAUUGCUCAUGUUUCUUGGCCCAAGCAGGUCUCUUCUUAUUAUUGAUGUCCUUUAGUAGUGGUUUCUUUGCAGCAAUUCGACCAUGAACGCCUGAUUCACACAGUCCCCUCUGAACAGUUGAUGUUGAGAUGUGUCUGUGACUUGAGCUCUGUGAAGCAUUUAUUUGGGCUGCAAUUUCUGAGGCUGGUAACUCUAAUGAACCUAUCCUCUGCAGCGGAGGUAACUCUGGGUCUUCCAUUCCUGUGGCGGUCCUCAUGAGAGCCAGUUUCAUCAUAGCGCUUGAUGGUUUUUGUGACUGCACUUGAAGAAACUUCAAAAGUUCUUGAAAUUUUCCUAAUUGACUGACCUUCAUGUCUUAAAGUAAUGAUGGACUGUCGUUUCUCUUUGCUUAUUUGAGCUGUUCUUGCCAUAAUAUGGACUUGGUCUUUUACCAAAUAGGGCUAUCUUCUGUAUACCCCCCCUACCUUGUCACAACACAACUGAUUGGCUCAAACACAUUAACUUUUAAGAAGGCACACCUGUUAAUUGAAAUGCAUUCCAGGUGACUACCUCAUGAAGCUGGUUGAGAGAAUGCCAAGAGUGUGCAAAGCUGUCAUCAAGGCAAAGGGUGGCUAUUUGAAGAAUCUCAAAAAUAACAUAUAUUUUAAUUUGUUUAACACUUUUUUGGUUACUACAUGAUUCCAUAAUUGUUAUUUUAUAGUUUUGAUGUCUUCACUAUUAUUCUACAAUGUAAAAAUAAAGAAAAACCCUUGAAUGAGUAGGUGUGUCCAAACUUUUGACUGGUACUGUAUAUAAAACUUUAUUGAUGAGUCAUGAAGAUUUUAUCAUGUUAUUUGUCCUUCCUUACACAUUUGUUCUUUCCGCUUUUUCUCUAGGCCUGUUGGGAUGGCAAAAAUGGAAAAGGUUUACUUGAAUAAUCCCACCUCAGAAGAAAUUGGUUUUGUUUCAAUAUCAGCGACAACAGCACAUUUCCAUGCAUCAUUUUUCCAGAAUAGGGUAAGUUAUUAGGCCUAUAAGAAUCACAUGAUAAAUAUAAUAUCGACAAAUUGUGUGUAAUGUGAGGACACUGAGCCUGUGGCCAUGGAGACAAAUGGUGAUGUCAGACUUCCUGUAAAAAAACGCUUAAAAUCGAAGCGUAGAACUGCUGAGCUUGCUCUUGUGAGAGACUUGACACAUCUGGUCUCGCUCGGGGGUGAGUAGUAACAGGUUGUGCUGCUUAUAACCAGCUUUUACUUUGACAUGUGACAGGCCAAAGAAGGGUGUCUCCUACGGCUUGCUGCACCUCUGAUUGUGGAGCCCUUUACACAUAUUAUAGAUCUAUCCGUUCUCUUUGAUAUUAUUCCAAAUCGGUCUAGCCCAGGGGUGUCAAACUCAUUUUAGCUCAGGGGCCACAUGGAGGAAAAUCUAUUCCCAAGUGGGCCGGACCGGAAAAAUCAUGGUGUAUAUAUAUAACUUAAAAACAACAACUUCAGAUUGUUUUCUUUGUUUUAAUACGAUCAACAUACAACAUAAAGCUGGAGCCUGAGGACAGUGUGUCCAAAAUAGUACAAGUACAACAUCACUAUUAAUCAUAAAACACGUCAAGUUUAUUUGAAAAUUCUAAAGAAAAAUAACAAACAACUGUUUCACGGAUCACAGAACUAUAUCAGGGUGUCAUUUCUCAGGCAGAAAUGUAGAUAAAAAUUAUGAAAUCCUGUUUCCCAAACAAGUGCAAGAACCACAGAGUCAAGAAUAGGUUAAAUAUACAAAUAAAAUCAAUUAAAAGCUGCAUCACCACCGGCAAGUUGCGUCUCCCACAAUGACAGCUUCAACUUGAAAGAACGUAUGCUGUCAUAAUACUGCGUGACAACUUUGUUGCGCCCUUGCAGCUGUUUGUUCAAGUUAUUCAGGUGCUCUGUAACAUCCACCAUAAAUGCAAGGUCCUGCAUCCAUUCUGCGGAAUGAAAUUCUAACACUGGUUUGCCCUUUUCUUCCAUGAACUGUUCAAUUUCUUCUCGUAAAUCAAAGUAACGCCUCAGCACAGCACCUCGGCUUAACCAUCUUACCUCAGUGUGGUAUGGCAGGCCAUAGAUGUGGUCUUUCUCUCUGAGAAGGCUGUCAAACUGACGGUGAUUCAGGCUUCUGGAUCGGAUGAAAUUAACAGUUUGGAUGACCACCUUCAUGACGUUAUCCAUCUUUAAUGACUUGCAACACAAAACCUCCUGGUGCAAAAUACAGUGAAAAGUAAAAAAAAUCACGUCCUCCAUUUGCAGAUUGCACUUUCUCUCUGAACUUUGUCACAACGCCUGCUUUUUUUCCCGAUCAUUGAGGGCGCACCAUCUGUAGCCAGGCUGACAGCGCGGGACCAGUCCACUCCGACCCUGUCCAGCGCGCCGACGAGUGCGGUAAAAAUAUCAGCUGCAGUCGUUGUAUCUGUCAUCGGCACCAACUCCACGAACUCCUCGGUGACGGUCAGUGUCAUCAACUCCGCGGAUGAAAAUGGCCAGUUGUGCAACAUCUGUAAUGUCCGUGCUUUCAUCAAUUGCAACCGAAAACGCAAUAAAUGACUUUACUUUUUGCUUCAACUGGCUGUCCAAAUCCACUGAAAGAUCGGAAAUCCUGUCUGCAACUGUGUUUCUUGUCAGGCUGAUAUUUGCAAAAGCCUGCCGCUUUUCAGGGCACACAAUCUCCGCUGCCUUCAUCAUGCAUGUUUUUACAAAUUCACCCUCACUAAAUGGUUUUGAAGCCACUGCGAUUUCAUUAGCAAUGAGGUAGCUAGCUUUCACUGCAGCGUCACUGAUGUCUCGGCUGUGAGUAAACACAGACUGCUGUUUCUUCAGACCCACCAACAGUUCAUUCACCUUCUCUCAUCUCCGCUGUCCUUGAAAGUUGUCAUAUUUGUCGGCAUGAAGACUCACAUAGUGGCGACGAAGGUUAUAUUCUUUCAGCACUGCAACAUGCUCUGAACACACCAAACAUACAGCUUUCCCAUUCAAUUCCGUGAAUAAAUAGGAUUACCAUUUUUCUUGGAACACUCUGCACUCUGCGUCCACUUUUCUCUUUUUUGACAGAGACAUAUUGGGGCAAUGAGGGUGCCAAAGCACAUAAUGUUAAAAGUAGAAGCCGUAAUAAAUAUAGCGGGCAAAACAAAGUAGCUCAUUGGCUGCACAUGCUUGACCUACUUGCUCUGCCCCGGUAUAAACAGUUUGCUUGCUUAACACAAUUGCUAUUGCGCCAUUCAGUGGACGCAAUUGGAACAGCAGUUUAUUUUAUUGAAUUUUUUUUAUACUUUCCAAAUAAUAAUAAUAAUAAUUAUUAUUAUUUUUUUAAUCAUCUCGCGGGCCGGAUUAAACCCGUUUGCGGGCCUGAUGCGGGCCGGACGUUUGACACCCCUGGUCUAGACCAAAGCGGCCUGCGGCUGGUUAAAAAAUUACCUGCACAACAGAAGUCGGUGUAUAUCUGCUGAUGGAAUUCAGUCUAAUUUUCAUUUUUUGUAUUUUAUAUUUUAUUUGGUAUUUUAUAAAAAAUACUACACAUACAAAUGACAACAUCAUACAAAUAUCAACUACAUCACCCUGCCCAGACCCACUAGCUCACCCCCAUCUCCAUCAACUACAUCACCCUGCCCAGACCCACUAGUUCCCCCCAUCUCCAUCAACUACAUCACCCUGCCCAGACCCACCAGCUCCCCCCAUCUCUAGAUCAACUACAUCACCCUGCCCAGACCCACUAGCUCCCCCCAUCUCCAGAUCAACUACAUCACCCUGCCCAGACCCACUAGCUCCCCCAUCUCCAUCAACUACAUCACCCUGCCCAGACCCACUAGCUCCCCCCCAUCUCUAGAUCAACUACAUCACCCUGCCCAGACCCACUAGCUCCCCCCAUCUCCAUCAACUACAUCACCCUGCCCCGACCCACCAGCUCCCCCAUCUCCAUCAACUACAUCACCCUGCCCAGACCCACUAGGUCCCCCAUCUCCAGAUCAACUACAUCACCCUGCCCAGACCCACCAGCUCCCCCCAUCUCCAUCAACUACAUCACCCUGCCCCGACCCACUAGCUCCCCCCAUCUCCAGAUCAACUACAUCACCCAGCCCAGACCCACUAGCUCCCCCAUCUCCAGAUCAACUACAUCACCCUGCCCAGACCCACUAGCUCCCCCAUCUCCAGAUCAACUACAUCACCCUGCCCAGACCCACUAGCUCCCCCAUCUCCAGAUCAACUACAUCACCCUGCCCAGACCCACUAGCUCCCCCCAUCUCCAGAUCAACUACAUCACCCUGCCCAGACCCACUAGCUCCCCCCAUCUCCAUCAACUACAUCACCCUGCCCAGACCCACUAGCUCCCCCAUCUCCAUCAACUACAUCACCCUGCCCAGACCCACUAGCUCCCCCCAUCUCCAGAUCAACUACAUCACCCUGCCCAGACCCACUAGCUCCCCCAUCUCCAUCAACUACAUCCCCCUGCCCAGACCCAUUAGCUCCCCCAUCUCCAGAUCAACUACAUCACCCUGCCCAGACCCACUAGCUCCUCCAUCAACUACAUCACCCUGCCCAGACCCACUAGCUCCCCCCAUCUCCAUCAACUACAUCACCCUGCCCAGACCCACUAGCUCCCCCAUCUCCAUCAACUACAUCACCCUGCCCAGACCCACUAGCUCCCCCCAUCUCCAUCAACUACAUCACCCUGCCCAGACCCACUAGCUCCCCCAUCUCCAGAUCAACUACAUCACCCUGCCCAGACCCACUAGCUCCCCCAUCUCCAGAUCAACUACAUCACCCUGCCCAGACCCACUAGCUCCCCCCAUCUCCAGAUCAACUACAUCACCCUGCCCAGACCCACUAGCUCCCCAUCUCCAUCAACUACAUCACCCUGCCCAGACCCACUAGCUCCCCCCAUCUCCAUCAACUACAUCACCCUGCCCAGACCCACUAGCUCCCCAUCUCCAUCAACUACAUCACCCUGCCCAGACCCACUAGCUCCCCAUCUCCAUCAACUACAUCACCCUGCCCCGACCCACUAGCUCCCCCCAUCUCCAUCAACUACAUCACCCUGCCCAGACCCACUAGCUCCCCCAUCUCCAUCAACUACAUCACCCUGCCCAGACCCACUAGCUCCCCCAUCUCCAUCAACUACAUCACCCUGCCCAGACCCACUAGCUCCCCCAUCUCCAUCAACUACAUCACCCUGCCCAGACCCACCUGCUCACACCCCCAUCUCCAGAUCAACUACAUCACCCUGCCCAGACUCACUAGCUCCCCCCAUCUCCAGAUCAACUACAUCACCCUGCCCAGACCCACUAGCUCCCCCCAUCUCCAGCGCCCGCAUCACUCUCCGCCACAUGGCCUCAAACUGCACCAUUUUGUUUCUCUCCUUAGCCCAUGCACUUUCAAUAUUUUAAAUAAUAAAUCAUAUAAUUUUUCCAUUGUGUUAAAGAUGGAGGAUUGAUUGAUUUCCACGUUUUUAGUAUACGUUUUUUCAAUUUGAGAGAUGAGAAGCGAUCGUCCAAUCAAUCGGGUAUCUCACUACACCCCCAUAUGCCAUAUCUUGAAAUAUGCAGACAGACGGAUUAAAAGUACAUUUACAUUGUAAUACUUCUGACAGCAAACUUUUUAGCUCCGCCCACAGCCUCUGGACUUUAUAGCGUUCCCAGAAAGCAUGGAUUAUUAAGUAAUUGUUAGUUUUACACUUGAGACAUGACUCUGCCGUUGUGCUGUAAAAUGUGUGAAUUUUGUCUCUUGUAUAAUACUUUCUAUACAUUAGUUUAUACCGGAUUAAGCAUACAUUUUCGUUAACUGUAAUUUCGUCAGUUAUGCUCCAACAUUCCUUCCAUCUUGUGCCAACACCAGUUAUUUUUAAGUCUCGGUUCCAAUAGUUUAUAUUUUUUUUCUAAGAGGUUGUCAGUUGGAUCGGCUCUCUGUAAGGUUUUGUAUGUCUUCCCUAUCAUAUGAACAUCCUUUUCUGACUCAAAUAAGAUUCCUUCAAGGUUGUCCUGACGUCCAAAAGAUUGCAAAUCAACAUUUCGUGAUAUGUAACCAUCUCCACUGGUCAGUCCAAAAUGACUUUUUAAUUCUGUCAUGGAAAUAAAUGAUACGAUAGAAGUCAGCGAAUAUCUGCUGAUGGUGUUCAGUCUAAUUUUCUAAACAUAACCAAAGGAGUGUCACAAGUCUCAAUACUAGGCCCUUAACUGUUCACUGUUUACAUUAAUAAUGUUGGUUUGUCCCUGGCUAAUAAGAACUGGGGUGGAUAUUUAUUCCAUUAACGACCUUCAGCUUGGCUUUGAUUCAAUUCAAGAAUCCCUCACCGAUCAUAAAUGAGUGCUAAAUGUUGAUAAAAACCAUGUCUGUGUUCCCCAGGUGUCGUAGAAUUGACCCAAAAUACCUGCGUAUCUGCACCUUGAAGUGAGCCCAAAUUGAGCUAGUCCCUCAUAAGUAUUUAGGUAUUUGGAUUGAUGAUAAGCUGUCUUUUUAAAAUACACAUUGAAAAACUAACAAAGAGGCUGAGAAUUAAGAUCGUUUUUUAUUUUUUAUAUAGAAAUAAAUCCUACCUUUCUUUUGAAAACAGGAGUAGUAUUGUUCUGGCAUCGCUCCUCCCAGUACUUGACUAUGGUGAUAUAAUCUACAUGCAAGCAGCAACCUUUACAUUCAGUCUAUCACUCAGCCCUGCAUUUUAUCACUGGAGACAAUUUUUGUACACAUAAUUUCCGUUGAUAUAGUUCUGUUGGCUGGGAGCCUCUGACUACCAGAAGGGUCCAACGGUGGCUGCUAUUUGUAUAUAAAGCAGUUCUCCAGAAACUCCCACACUAACUCACUUCACUCAAUGGGAAAUCCAGCCACCACAAGACUCGCUCUCAAGACUGGUUGGUUCUUCAGGUCUCCACAGAGUCUGGGAAGAUUGCUUUUAUACCAAACAAAAAUAUAAACGCAACAUGUAAAGAGUUCAAUGUUUCAUGAGCUGAAAUAAAAGGUCCCAGAAAUGUUCCAUACACACAAAAAAGCUUAUUUAUCUCAGAUUCUGUGCACAAAUUUGUUUACAUCCCUGUUAGUGAGCAUUUCUCCUUUGCCAAGAUAAUCCAUCCACCUGACAGGUGUGGCAUAUCAAGAAGCUGAUUAAACAGCAUAAUCAUUACACAGGUGCACCUUGUGCUGGGGACAAUAAAAGGCCACUCUAAAAUGUGCAGUUUUGUCACACAACACAAUGCCGUAGAUGUCUCAAGUUUUGAGGGAGCGUUUAAUUGGCAUGCUGACUGCAGGAAUGUCCACCAGAGCGGUUGCCAGAGAAUUUGUAAGUUUCUUUACCAUAAGCCUCCAAUAUUGUUUUAGAGAAUUUGGCAGUAUGUCCAACCUGCCUCACAACCACAGACCACGUGUAACCACGCCAGCUCAGGACCUCCACAUCCUGCUUCUUCACCUGCAGGAUCAUCUGAGACCAGCCGCCCUGACAGCUGAUGAAACUGUGGGUUUGCACAACCAAAGAAUUUCUGCACAGACUGUCAGAAACCGUCUCAGGGAAGCUCAUCUGCGUGCUCGUCGUCCUCACCAGGGUCUUGACCUGACUUCAGUUCGGCGUCGAAACCGACUUCAGUGGGCAAAUGCUCACCUUCGAUGGCCACUGGCACGAUGGCGAAGUGUGCUCUUCACGGAUGAAUCCCAGUUUCAUUUCUAUCAGGCAGAUGGCAGUUCGGGGACUAUGGAAUGUGGUGAAGGAGAACUGCACUUGUUUUGAUUUUGGUAUUUUAAAUGUCGCGUUUGAAUUUGAUUUGUAAUGUUUAAUUGUGCAUUUUAUAGUGUUGUAUUGAGACUGAUCGUGUUGUUUUAUUGUUCCCCAGAGUCCCCUGGCGUCCCCUGGUUAAAUAAAGGUUAAAUAAAAUGACAUGAUUUGUGUGUCGUCACCACAGUGAUCACACCGUGGUGAAGAACAGGGUCCUGGUGGUACUGUGGUGUAUAGGCAGAAAUGAAGCCAGAGGAAGAAGCCUUGAGUAACAUGCUGUGUAAAAUAGCUCUACAUUAACCCAGUCUGAGUCACUACCCUAUUCCUAUAGACAAAGGUCCUGCUCAGUUACUGUUCUGUACUUGGUCAUCCUAGGUCAAAUGUGUUGUUGGAGACUGGACAGUAGCUAAAUGUUGCACAAUGGCAUUGUUUUAAAUUUGUUCAAGCUUAGCCAACUGCUAAUGUUUCAUUGGAUAAUGUAACCAAAUGGUAAUGACUACGUCCAAAAUGGCACCCUAUUCCCUAAUAGUACGCUACCUUUGUCCAGAGCCCUAUGGGUCCAGAGCUUUAUGGGUCCAGAGCCCUAUCUAUGGGUCCAGAGCCCUAUGGGUCCAGAGCCCUAUCUAUGGGUCCAGAGCCCUAUCUAUGGGUCCAGAGCCCUAUCUAUGGGUCCAGAGCCCUAUCUAUGGGUCCAGAGCCCUAUGGGUCCAGAGCCUUAUGGGUCCAGAGCUUUAUGGGUCCAGAGCCUUAUGGGUCCAGAGCUUUAUGGGUCCAGAGCCCUAUCUAUGGGUCCAGAGCCCUAUGGGUCCAGAGCCCUAUGGGUCCAGAGCCCUAUGGGUCCAGAGCCUUAUGGGUCCAGAGCCCUAUCUAUGGGUCCAGAGCUUUAUGGGUCCAGAGCCCUAUCUAUGGGUUCAGAGCCCUAUGGGUCCAGAGCCCUAUCUAUGGGUCCAGAGCCCUAUCUAUGGGUCCAGAGCCCUAUCUAUGGGUCCAGAGCCCUAUCUAUGGGUCCAGAUCCCUAUCUAUGGGUCCAGAGCCCUAUCUAUGGGUCCAGAGCCUUAUGGGUCCAGAGCCCUAUCUAUGGGUCCAGAGCCCUAUCUAUGAAACCCCACCUCUUUAAGGAAUACCUGGGAUAGUAUAAAGUAAUCCUUCUACCCCCCCCCCCCCCCCCCCCCCCAAAAAAAACAAAAAAAACAAACAAACAUUGUAAAGUGGUUAUCCCACUGGCUAUAAGGUGAAUGCACCAAUUUGUAAGUCGCUCUGGAUAAGAGCGUCUGCUAAAUGACGUAAAUGUAAUGUCAAUGUAUGGGCCCUGGUCAAAGGUAGUGCACUAUAAAGGGAAAAGGGUGCCAUUUGGGAUAGAACCAUAGAAUGUAUCCUCUGAUGAUGUAACCACCUGAUAAUGUUCCAUCCAAUGUGACCACCUGAUAAUGUUCCAUCCAAUGUGACCAGCUGAUAAUGUUCCAUCCAAUGUGACCACCUGAUAAUGUUCCAUCCAAUGUGACCACCUGAUAAUGUUCCAUCCAAUGUGAUCAGCCUCCUCUGAUAAUGUAGCUAACUGAUGAUUUUUCUCUUUCUGUUCCAGAUAAUCCCACCAGGGGGGAACACGUCAUUUGACGUCCUGUUUCUCGCCAGGGGAGUAGGGAACAUAGAACGUCCUGUUUCUCGCCAGGGGAGUAGGGAACAUAGAACGUCCUGUUUCUCGCCAGGGGAGUAGGGAACAUAGAACGUCCUGUUUCUCGCCAGGGGAGUAGGGAACAUAGAACGUCCUGUUUCUCGCCAGGGGAGUAGGGAACAUAGAACGUCCUGUUUCUCGCCAGGGGAGUAGGGAACAUAGAACGUCCUGUUUCUCGCCAGGGGAGUAGGGAACAUAGAACGUCCUGUUUCUCGCCAGGGGAGUAGGGAACAUAGAACGUCCUGUUUCUCGCCAGGGGAGUAGGGAACAUAGAACGUCCUGUUUCUCGCCAGGGGAGUAGGGAACAUAGAACGUCCUGUUUCUCGCCAGGGGAGUAGGGAACAUAGAACGUCCUGUUUCUCGCCAGGGGAGUAGGGAACAUAGAACGUCCUGUUUCUCGCCAGGGGAGUAGGGAACAUAGAAAAUACUUUAUUUAUUAAUAUGUCGCAUCAUGGAGUGUUUACAUACCAGGUACUGUAGAGGCGUGUUCCAAACGGCACCCUAUUCCCUACAUAGUGCACUACCCUUUGACUAGGUUCCAUAGGGCUCUGGUCUAAAGUAGUGCACUAUGUAGGGAAUAGGGUGCCUUUUUAGGACGCCACCAUAAACACAAUAUCCAGUUAAUGGGCUAUUCCUUCAAAUGAAAAGCGAAAGAUGUAAACAGUAGGUUGAUUGAUUGAUAACCUUGUGGUCUGUCCUCUUGUGUUUUCAGGUGUUUGGGGUGGGCAUCCCCAACCCCAUCCCCUCCAGACUACGGCCCUUCAUCGGGGCCAGAGUCCCUGUUAACGGCAGCUUCUCUCCACUCAUUAACAUCCACAACCCUCACGGUGAACCACUGCAGGUAAACAUUACAUUUACAUUUUAGUCAUUUAGCAGACGCUCUUAUCCAGAGCGACUUACAGUUAGUGCAUACAAUUUUUCAUACUGGCCCCCCGUGGGAAUCGAACCCACAACCCUGUCGUUGCAAACGCCAUGCUCUACCAACUGAGCUACAUCCCUGCCGGCCAUUCCCUCCCCUACCCUGGACGACGCUGGGCCAGUUGUGCGCCGCCCCAUGGGUCUCCCGGUCGCGGCCGGCUACGACAGAGCCUGGAUUCAAACCAGUAUCUCUAGUGGCACAGCUAGCACUGCGAUGCAGUGCCUUAGACCAUGUCUUAAACAUGUCUAUUAUGCGUCUCUAUGGUAACCACCAUCCACUUUAAGGAAUACCUGAGAUAGUAUAAAGUAAUCCUUCUACCCCCCCCCCCAAAAAAAUAAAAAUAAAAAAUAUAUUGUAAAGUGGUUGUCCCACUGGCUAUAAGGUGAAUGCACCAAUUUGUAAGUGGCUCUGGAUAAGAGCGUCUGCUAAAUGAUGUAAAAGGAUAAGCUACACUAAAGUAGCUCCGAGGCAAUAAUUAAUUUACCAACGUUUUGACAGCAAGCUGUCUUAGUUAGGGUAUCAUGAACCACCAUCCACUAACAAUCUAUCAAUAACAUAACAUCCACAAACCACUACGGGCCAGUUUCCCAGACACAGAUUAAGCCCGGACAAAGAAACCCUUUCAGUGGUAAUUGAACACGUCGGGGGGGGAACCUUCCCUAACAGUUUAUCUAAUCAAUGUGUCCAGUUGAUUAGGUUUGAGACUUGAGUCAUUGAUUGUUAGGGUUUGAAAUAGUUUAGGUCACUUAGUGUAUUCUGGUUAGUUAUAAUGUGAUCUCUGGUGGACAGACACAGAAACGGAAAGGGACUGCAGAUCUGUCAUGAUACAACGGCGGAAAGGGACUGCGGAUCUGUCAUGAUACAACGGCGGAAAGGGACUGCGGAUCUGUCAUGAUACAACGGCGGAAAGGGACUGCGGAUCUGUCAUGAUACAACGGCGGAACGGGACCUGCGGAUCCGUCAAACGGGAAGGAUGGAUCUGUCAUGAUACAACGGCGGAAAAGGGACUGCCCAGAUCUGUCAUGAUACAACGGCGGAAAGGGACUGCGGAUCCGUCAUGAUACAACGGGAUGAGUGACAUCAGCAGCAUUAGCUCGGGUUUUUCCUCACUGGUUAUUUGGACAAAUCACGAUUUCACAGGUGUUAGCAUCUUUUGAUUUUCAGAAGGGGAGGGGAUAUUUGGCCGUAACUUCUCAUAAACCCUUUCCACUCACAGCCCCUGUCAUUCCCUGUCAACCCAGUGGCUGUACAGUGACAUGCUAUACAUGACAUCAGAGUUCUCCGGUACACAGCUCUGUGUUGGUUUUGACUGACAGCCGUUAUAAAUUUGAGCACAAGAAGUUGCCACCAUCCCUCCUGCUAAUUGGGCUACUUCUGCACAUUUGUUGUCUGAUUGAGGUAAAUGCUGUAAAUGGAGGGGAGAGGAUGUGUUCUGACCGAUGAGACGCUGAGGAUGCUGUAAAUUGAGAGGAGAGGAUGUUGUUUCUGACCGAUGAGACGUUGAGGAUGCUGUAAAUGGAGAGGAGAGGAUGUGUUCUGACAGAUGAGACGUUGAGGAUGCUGUAAAUGGAGAGGAGAGGAUGUGUUCUGACCGAUGAGACGUUGAGGAUGCUGUAAAUGGAGAGGAGAGGAUGUGUUCUGACCGAUGAGACGUUGAGGAUGCUGUAAAUGGAGAGGAGAGGAUGUGUUCUGACAGAUGAGACGUUGAGGAUGCUGUAAAUGGAGAGGAGAGGAUGUGUUCUGACCGAUGAGACGUUGAGGAUGCUGUAAAUGGAGAGGAGAGGAUGUGUUCUGACCGAUGAGAUGCUGUAAAUGGAGGGGAGAGGAUGUGUUCUGACAGAUGAGACGUUGAGGAUGCUGUAAAUGGAGAGGAGAGGAUGUGUUCUGACAGAUGAGACGUUGAGGAUGCUGUAAAUGGAGAGGAGAGGAUGUGUUCUGACAGAUGAGACGUUGAGGAUGCUGUAAAUGGAGAGGAGAGGAUGUGUUCUGACAGAUGAGACGUUGAGGAUGCUGUAAAUGGAGGGGAGAGGAUGUGUUCUGACAGAUGAGACGUUGAGGAUGCUGUAAAUGGAGAGGAGAGGAUGUGUUCUGACCGAUGAGACGUUGAGAUGCUGUAAAUGGAGAGGAGAGGAUGUGUUCUGACAGAUGAGACGUUUGAGGAUGCUGUAAAUGGAGAGGAGAGGAUGUGUUCUGACCGAUGAGACGUUGAGGAUGCUGUAAAUGGAGAGGAGAGGAUGUGUUCUGACCGAUGAGAUGCUGAGGAUGCUGUAAAUGGAGAGGAGAGGAUGUGUUCUGACAGAUGAGAUGCUGAGGAUGCUGUAAAUGGAGAGGAGAGGAUGUGUUCUGACAGAUGAGAUGCUGAGGAUGCUGUAAAUGGAGAGGAGAGGAUGUGUUCUGACAGAUGAGAUGCUGAGGAUGCUGUAAAUGGAGAGGAGAGGAUGUGUUCUGACAGAUGAGACGUUGAUGAUUAUAAUAAAUCCCGUUUUGAUGUCAUACAAGCAAACCAAACACCCAUGAGUCCAAAUGUGCGCUUCACAUUUCCAUAUCUGAAAACUCAUGUCAUUUACAGGAUCAACGUUUAUGAUCGCUAUGUUUGAUCCACAGUUACAAGGAUGACUUGUUAUACCCUGGGUUGCCCUGAACAGAAUGAGCCUGUUUGUCGUAUUGGGAAGUAAAUUAUCUGCAGAACACGCACUUCAAUGCACUAAUGACCAAAAUUACAAUCUAUUUGUCUGAAGUGCCUUUUGAAAGCCUAACACUGUAAGAUCGUAUUUUAUAAAUUAGCUAGGCAUGUUGGCAGCAGAAUACGCUUCCAAAUGAUGCCCACCUGACCCAGAUUGUGAUUUCUAAUGGAAUGUUUUUGGAUUGCGUAAACAACAACAGUAAUUGUGUGGUGGUGGGGAUGCAGGACUGUGUUCCUAACAAAAAACUACACGUUUGCUGGCUUCAGUUCCUCAAUGGCAAAGCUAAGAGCGCUCCAGACAGCACCUUCUAGUUGAAGGCUCUUUCCUGGAGUCAUGACUUAGGACCUGCACAGUUAGGAGAGGUGUGGCCACCUGGAGACACCAGUUAGUCCUCUCACUGAAACCCACAGUUAGGAGAGGUGUGGCCACCUGGAGACACCAGUUAGUCCUCUCACUGAAACCCACAGUUAGGAGAGGUGUGGCCACCUGGAGACACCAGUUAGACCUCUCACUCAAACCCACAGUUAGGAGAGGUGUGGCCACCUGGAGACACCAGUUAGACCUCUCACUCAAACCCACAGUUAGGAGAGGUGUGGCCACCUGGAGACACCAGUUAGACCUCUCACUCAAACCCACAGUUAGGAGAGGUGUGGCCACCUGGAGACACCAGUUAGACCUCUCACUCAAACCCACAGUUAGGAGAGGUGUGGCCACCUGGAGACACCAGUUAGACCUCUCACUCAAACCCACAGUUAGGAGAGGUGUGGCCACCUGGAGACACCAGUUAGACCUCUCACUCAAACCCACAGUUAGGAGAGGUGUGGCCACCUGGAGACACCAGUUAGACCUCUCACUCAAACCCACAGUUAGGAGAGGUGUGGCCACCUGGAGACACCAGUUAGACCUCUCACUCAAACCUUUGUAAUAGUAUUUUAUUAUCCUACACGUACUCCAAAGAAUUGUAUGAAUAUUCGUAUUGUACUGAACAAAAAUAUAAAUGGAACAUGUAAAGUGCAAUGGAUCAGUCCACUGAGACAGGAGCCAAUCAGACGGCUGUCUUGUGCACCAUGUAAUGUAAUAUAUAUAUAUAUAUAUAUAUAUAUAUAUAUAUAAUAUAUAUCUAUUUCUAUCUGACUGCUGGACUAAAGAUAUCUCAGUCGACCAACAGCCUAUCGACCAAACAAUCGACCUGUCGACUAAAUGGGGUCAGCCCUAUUUGGGAUGCUCUGUAUCGACGUGUGGCUCAGUUGGUAGAGCAUGGCACUUGCAACGCUAGGGUUGUGGGUUCGAUUCCCACAAGGGAACCAGUACGAACAAAUACGAAAAAUGUAUGCACUCACUAAUGUAAGUCGCUCUGGAUAAUAGCAUUUGCUAAAUGACUAAAAUGUAAAUGUCCACCAAUUUCACACAGCCAUUGAAGAGGAGUGGGACAACAUUCCACAGGCCACAAUUAACAGCCUGAUCAACUCUAUGUGAAGGAGAUGUGUCGCGCUGCAUGAGGCAAAUGGUCACACCAGAUACUGACUGGUUUUCUGAUCCACGCCCCUACCUUUCUUUUAAAGGUAUCUGUGACCAACAGAUGCAUAUCUGUAUUCCCAGGCAUGUGAAAUCCAUAGAUUAGGGCCUAAUGAAUUUAUUUCAAUUGACUGAUUUCCUUAUAUGAACUGUAACUCAGUAAAAUUGUUGCAUGUUGCGUUUUAUAUUUUAGUAACUGAAUGUAUCCAGAGUAUUUUCAGAUUUCGUUAUCAACAAAUGCUGUGAAAAGUACAGUAGAUAUAAAAUCAACAGUGUAAUGUUUGGAUCCAGUCUUGUGUCAGGUGACCUGUUGUGUCCUCACCUUUUCGGUCUAAUAAUUUACCCAUAAUCCCCAAAGUGUUCUCUUUCGAUUGUCAUGGUUCUGUUAGGAACGUUUCAAUAGGUCCGUUUCCUGGCGUUUAAGAGGUUAACACGUAUGGGAACUUACUCUAGCAUUUGACCAAUUACGCAAGUCUUUAGUUUCUGUGUUAACUGAGAUUUAGUUACAGUAUAAUGGGAUAAUGUGAUGUUUACCUGCAGGUUGUGGAGAUGUUCUCCCGUGGUUACAGUAUAAUGGGAUAAUGUGAUUUUACCUGCAGGUUGUGGAGAUGUUCUCCAGUGGUUACAGUAUAAUGUGAUGUUUACCUGCAGGUUGUGGAGAUGUUCUCCCGUGGUUACAGUAUAAUGGGAUAAUGUGAUGUUUACCUGCAGGUUGUGGAGAUGUUCUCCCGUGGUUACAGUAUAAUGGGAUAAUGUGAUGUUUACCUGCAGGUUGUGGAGAUGUUCUCCAGUGGUUACAGUAUAAUGGGAUAAUGUGAUGUUUACCUGCAGGUUGUGGAGAUGUUCUCCCGUGGUUACAGUAUAAUGGGAUAAUGUGAUGUUUACCUGCAGGUUGUGGAGAUGUUCUCCCGUGGUUACAGUAUAAUGGGAUAAUGGGAUGUUUACCUGCAGGUUGUGGAGAUGUUCUCCCGUGGUUACAGUAUAAUGGGAUAAUGUGAUGUUUACCUGCAGGUUGUGGAGAUGUUCUCCCGUGGUUACAGUAUAAUGGGAUAAUGGGGAUGUUUACCUGCAGGUUGUGGAGAUGUUCUCCGUGGUUACAGUAUAAUGGGAUAAUGUGAUGUUUACCUGCAGGUUGUGGAGAUGUUCUCCCGUGGUUACAGUAUAAUGGGAUAAUGUGAUGUUUACCUGCAGGUUGUGGAGAUGUUCUCCAGUGGUUACAGUAUAAUGGGAUAAUGUGAUGUUUACCUGCAGGUUGUGGAGAUGUUCUCCCGUGGUUACAGUAUAAUGGGAUAAUGUGAUGUUUACCUGCAGGUUGUGGAGAUGUUCUCCAGUGGUUACAGUAUAAUGUGAUGUUUACCUGCAGGUUGUGGAGAUGUUCUCCGUGGUUACAGUAUAAUGGGAUAAUGUGAUGUUUACCUGCAGGUUGUGGAGAUGUUCUCCCGUAGUUACAGUAUAAUGGGAUAAUGUGAUGUUUACCUGCAGGUUGUGGAGAUGUUCUCCCGUGGUUACAGUAUAAUGGGAUAAUGUGAUGUUUACCUGCAGGUUGUGGAGAUGUUCUCCCGUGGUUACAGUAUAAUGUGAUGUUUACCUGCAGGUUGUGGAGAUGUUCUCCCGUGGUUACAGUAUAAUGGGAUAAUGUGAUGUUUACCUGCAGGUUGUGGAGAUGUUCUCCAGAAUGGUGGAGACCUGCCAUUUGGAGAUGCCUCGGGUCAUAAGAUAAGGUUCACCAGAAAUCCUUCUGGUUGUAGUUUUCAGGUUGUAAUGUUCUCCAUUUUUCAAAUGGGAAUGUAAUGUUGUCUCCUCAUUGUGGGAUUGUAUUCCACAGUAAAUGGGAUAUGUGGACUCAGGGGAGAGCCCCCGAGUACAGAAGGGAUAAGUGAUGUUUACCUGCAGGUUGGGAGAUGUUUCCCUGAAUAACUGGGUACUGGUGCCCUACCUCAGUUGUGGUAGUGUUCUGGGUCAAAAAUGAAUGUUCACCCAGGGUUGUGGGAGGAUGUGCUGGGUUAGUAUAAUGGGUUAGCAUGUGAGUUUACCCUUUUUGUUCUACCGUUUAACAAGUCCCUAACGGAGAUUUUUACCCCAGGGACAUGUUCCCCGUCUGGUUACUAUUGUAUAUGUCGUGUUCCCCUCAGGUUGGUGGAGAAAUUUUGCAGUGGUUGAUAAGUAUUUUACCUGCAAUUUCUCACAGUUUGUUCAUGAGACUGCAGGUUGUGGAGAUGUUCUGGCAGUAUUGAUAAGUGAUUUUCUGCAGGUUUGACAUGUUUGCCAUGUUACAGUAUUUAAAGGAUAUUUGAGUACCUCACGAUUUGGAGAUGUAUCCCUGGGUAACUAGUAAAAUGGAUAAUGUGAAGUUACCUCAGUUGUGGAGAUGGUUCUCCCUGUGCAGUAUAAUGGGAUGUUUACUCAGUAUUUGGAUGUUCUCCAUGGUUUCAUUAUGAAGAUAUGUGAUUUUACCUGCAGGUGUGGAGAUGUUCUCCAGUGGUUACAGUAUAAUGGGAUAAUGGGAUGUUUACCUGCAGGUUGUGGAGAUGUUCUCCAGUGGUUACAGUAUAAUGGGAUAAUGUGAUGUUUCCUGCAGGUUGUGGAGAUGUUCUCCAGUGGUUACAGUAUAAUGGGAUAAUGUGAUGUUUACCUGCAGGUUGUGGAGAUGUUCUCCCGUGGUUACAGUAUAAUGGGAUAAUGUGAUGUUACCUGCAGGUUGUGGAGAUGUUCUCCCGUGGUUACAGUAUAAUGGUAUAUGUGAUGUUACCUGCAGGUUGUGGAGAUGUUCUCCCGUGGUUACAGUAUAAUGGGAUAAUGUGAUGUUUACCUGCAGGUUGUGGAGAUGUUCUCCCGUGGUUACAGUAUGAUGGGAUAAUGUGAUGUUUACCUGCAGGUUGUGGAGAUGUUCUCCCGUGGUGGAGACCUGCAGGUGGUGGAGAUGUUCUCCCGUGGUUACAGUAUAAUGGUAUAAUGUGAUGUUUACCUGCAGGUUGUGGAGAUGUUCUCCGUGGUUACAGUAUAAUGGGAUAAUGUGAUGUUUACCUGCAGGUUGUGGAGAUUUUCUCCCGUGGUUACAGUAUGAUGGGAAUGCGAUGUUACCUGCAGGUUGUGGAGAUGUUCUCCAGUGGUUACAGUAUAAUGGGAUAAUGUGAUGUUUACCUGCAGGUUGUGGAGAUGUUCUCCCGUGGUUACAGUAUAAUGGGAAUAAUGUGAUGUUUACCUGCAGGUUGUGGAGAUGUUCUCCCGGGUUACAGUAUAAUGGGAUAAUGUGAUGUUUACCGCAGGUUGUUGGAGAUGUUUCUCCCGUGGUUACAGUAUAAUGGGAUAAUGUGAUGUUUACCUGCAGGUGUGGGAGAUGUUCUCCAGUGGUUACAGUAUAAUGGGAUAAUGUGAUGUUUACCUGCAGGUUGUGGAGAUGUUCUCCCGUGGUUACAGUAUAAUGGGAUAAUGUGAUGUUUACCUGCAGGUUGUGGAGAUGUUCUCCAGUGGUGGAGACCUCCAUCUGGAGCUGCCUACGGGUCAUCAAGAAGCACCAGAAAAUUCUGGGUUAGUUUCAUGUUUCUGUCUCCAUAUCAAAUCGGAAUGUAAAAUAGUUGUCUCCUCAUCUUGGCCAUUUUAUAAUGCCAAGUCCAAUGGGUUGUGACUAGAGGGAGCACAGCUACGACCGGAAGUGACUUUUCAUAGCGGAUUAGACAUGGUUUCCCAAACUCGGUCCUGGCCCCCCCCCCCUCAGCUGUGUAGUGCUUGGGCAAAAAACUAAAUGUGCACCCAGGGAGGGGGGGAGGAGAGGACUGGGUUUGGGAAACUCUGGGUUAGCAUUUUAGCUAACCCUUACCCUUUUUUUCUAACCUUAACCAAAGUCCCCUAACCCAGGAGCUUUUUCACUCAGGCCCCACUUCCAGCACGUCUAUUUCUAUGUAUAGUUCUCUGUUCCCCUCUGGUUGGUGGAGAGAAUUUUGCAUGUUGAAAGCUUAUUUCCUGCAAUUCUACACAUUUUGUCAUGAGAUGCAGUGAAAAUUGUGCAGUUUUAAAGUUUAUUUUCUUGCAGUUCUAUACAUUUUGCCAUGUCUGUGUAUUCAUGUGAUCUUUGAGUGACUCAAACAUUACAAUAGAAUCCAUGGGUAAAAAAACCUAGCUAAAAAACGUUAGCUGACAUGGGCUAGUUGAUCUGGACGUUAUUCCAUAGCUCUCUAAGGUCUGAAAUGAUGAGGAAAACUGAUAUACUACCCAAUUUUGAAAUUGCACCUUGUGCAUUCUACUAUUAUAACUUUCAAGAGUAAGUUGAAAGCUGAACUGAAUUCCUAAUUAUUUAUUUAUUUAAAUAACAAAAUGUGGAGAAAGUCAAGGGGUCUGAAUACUACAGUAUUCGGAAGGCAUUGUACAAGCGCUAUGAUGAAACUGGCUCUCAUGAGGACCGCCACAGGAAAGGAAGACCCAGAGUUACCUCCGCUGCAGAGGAUAAGUUCAUUAGAGUUACAAAUAAAGUAACAGACACAUCUCAACAUCAACUGUUCAGAGGGGACUGUGUGAAUCAGGCCUUCAUGGUCAAAUUUCUGCAAAGAAACCACUACUAAAGGACACCAAUAAGAAGAAGAGACCUGCUUGGGUCAAGAAACACGAGCAAUGGACAUUAGACCGGUGGAAAUGUGUCCUUUGGUCUGGAGUCCAAAUUGGAGAUUUUUGGUUUCAAUCGCUGUGUCUUUGAGACACGGUGUGGGUGAACGGAUGAUCUCUGCAUGUGUAGUUCCCACCGUAAAGCAUGGAGGAGGAGGUGUUAUGGUGUUUGGGUGCUUUGCUGGUGACACUGUCAGUGAUUUAUUUAGAAUUCAAGGCACACUUAACCAGCAUGGCUACCACAGCAUUCUGCAGCGAUACGCCAUCCAAUCUGGUUUGGGCUUAGUGGGACUAUCAUUUGUUUUUCAGCAGGAUAAUGACCCAACACACCUCCAAGCUGUGUAAGGGCUAUUUUACCAAGAAGGAGAGUGAUGGAGUGCUGGCAUUAGAUGACCUGGCCUCCACAAUCCCCCGACCUCAACCAAAUUGAGAUGGUUUGGGAUGAGUCGGACUGCAGAGUGAAGGAAAAGCAGCCAACAAGUGCUCAGCAUAUAUGGGAACUCCUUCAGAACUGAUUGGAAAGCAUUCCAGGUGAAACUGGUUGAGAGAAUCCAAGAGUGUGCAAAGCUGUCAUCAAGGCAAUGGGUGGCUAUUUGAAGAAUCUCAAAUAUGAAAUAUUUUGAUUUGUUUCACACUUUUUUGGUUACUACAUGAUUCCAUAUGUGUUAUUUCAUAGUUUUGAUGGCUUCACUAUUAUUCUACAAUGUAGAAAAUAGUAAAAAUAAAGAAAAACCCUUGAAUGAGUAGGUGUGUCCAAACUUUUGACUGGUACUGUGUAUGUAUAUAUAUUUAUUAAUUUAUUAAAAUGUAAAGGGUCAUCCAACAUCGUUUUAUAGACUUUGGCAGUAUGUCCAACUGGCCUUAACUGCAGACCACGUGUAACCACGCCAGCCCAGGACCUCCACAUCCGGCUUCUUCACCUGCGGGAUCGUCUGAGACCAGCCACCCGGACAGCUGAUGAAACUGUGGGUUUGCACAACCAAAUAAUUUCUGCACAAACUGUGAGAAACCGUCUCAGGGAAGCUCAUCUGCGUGCUCGUCAUCCUCACCAGGGUCUUGACUUGACUGAAGCUCGGCGUCGUAACCGACUUCGAUGGCCACUGGCAUGCUUGAGAAGUGUGCUCUUCACGGAUGAAUCCCGGUUUCAACUCUGUCAGGCAGAUGGCAGACAGCGUGUAUGGCAUCGUGUAGGAGAGCGGUUUGCUGAUGUCAACGUUGUGAACAGAGUGCCCCAUGGUGGCGGUGGGGUUAUGGUAUGGGCAGGCAUAAGCUAUGGACAACGAACACAAUUUUAUCGAUGGCAAUUUCAAUGCACAGGGAUAUCGUGAAGAGAUCCUGAGGCCCAUUUUCGUGCCAUUCAUCCGCCGCCAUCACCUAAUGUUUCAGCAUGAUAAUACAUGGCUCCAUGUCUCAAGGAUCUGUACAUAAUUCCUAGAAGUUUCUCAGGUAUUCAAGUAAUCAAGGAUGUAAGAAUAUAGUUAGACAUUUUGUAGAAAGUUAAUGCAAAUGUAUUAUUAGUCGGUACCGGGUUAGAUACAACAAUGGGCAGAGCUUUGCUGUUUCCAACUAUCGAACAAAGGUCCACUCUCCCUUUAUAUACCCUUGGUUAUCCUUCCUUUCACAUACAUCUGGCAACCAUCAUGGCACUCCCUUUCUCUGUUGCUAUUACCCUUUGCCCCAAGUCAUUAUAUCCUGUCCAUCAAUCAUACUACCAUAAACAUCACUAAUCUCCUUUGACAUAAGGAAUGUAGACUUCAUGGCCCCAAACCACUUAUCUCGUAAUCUCAGUCCUCACGAUUCUAUGCCCUGACAUCAUAACACCCCCAUGACGCAAGGAUCUGUACAAGGAUCUGGACACAAUUCCCGGAAGCUGAAAACGUCCCAGUUCUUCCAUGGCCUGUGUACUCACCAGAUAUGUCAUAAUUUGUGCAUGUUUGGGAUGCUCUGGAUCGACGUGUACGACAGCGUGUUCCAGUUCAACUUCACACAGUCAUUGAAGAGGAGUGGGACAACAUUCCACAGGCCACAAUCAACAGCCUGAUCAACUCUAUGUGAAGGAGAUGUGUCGCGUGACAGGCAAAUGGUGGUCACACCAGAUACUGACUGGUUUUCUGAUCCACACCCCUACCUUUUCUUAAGGUAUCUGUGACCAACAGAUGCAUAUCUGUAUUCCCAGACAUGUGAAAUCCAUAGAUUAGGGUCUAAUGAAUUUAUUUCAGUUUACUGAUUUCCUUAUGAACUGUAACUCAGUAAAAUCGUUGAAAUAUUUGGAUGUUCCGUUUAUAUUUUUGUUCAGUGUAAUAUGCCGAGUGAUUCCGAGUGUGUAUACUACGUGAAAACAAACGUUUACAUUUUUAAAAUAAUUUUCCUCACCAGAGGAUUACCAUAUCUUAGAAAUUAUGUGAACGUUAUUUAAUAGUUUAUACAAAUGUAAUUUAAAUUUAACGGACAUUUUAUUUUAAUUUUUGGGGGCGGGGGGACCCCGUGUCGUACCCUGCCGACCCCUCGCCCCACAGUUUGGGAACCACUUUCCUAACCUGCCACAUGAAUUAUCCUAACCUGCUGCGUAAAUUCUCGUAACCUGUUACGAAAAAGUCACUUCCGGUCGUAGCUGUACUCCCUCUAGUCAGAACCCUGUCAGUGAUCUCCACCUGUUCCUGCUCCAGGGUCACUCACUCGGAUGCAGUUUCCCAAAUGGAACACUAUUCCCUUUAUAGUGCACUAGAGAUUGUGGUCAAAAGUAGUGCACUAUUAAACGUAAUAGCCAUUUGGGAUGCAUCUUGACUGUGUCCUUGUUUUAUUGAUCUUGUAGGAGAUCCCCCCGUUUGAGACGAAGGGGGUGAUGAGGGCUAGCUUCUCAUCGAGAGAUGCAGACAACCACACAGCCUUCAUCAGGAUCAAAACCAACGCUCCCAACGGAGACCAGUUUAUCAUACUGCCAGUGGAGGUGGAGGUCACCUCAGGUAUUAUUCAUUCAUUCAUUCAUUCAUUCAUUAUAAGACAUGUCUGUCACCUGUAACCUUGUGCUCAUGUGACCUCAACAUUGGAACAUAGGACCGGUAUAACCUGUGUUCUUGAUAGCUAAGGCUGGGUUGGCAUUAAAUUGCCACAGGUCUAUCUGGCUACAAGGACCAAUUUGAAUUAUAAUAAUAAUAAUAAUAAUAUGCCAUUUAGCAGACGCUUUUAUCCUUACAGUCAUAAUUAGUAAGAACAUACUUAAUUGAGCUAUGUCAGUUUAAGCUCCUAUUUCGGUUGUCUGGUUAGGGACGAGGCUUAAAUAACUUUUUAAAGGAUCUUUUAAUGAACCAUCAUUUAACUAAUGGUUUAGUCUCAGUCUGUUGACUGGUCCACAUGAGGCUGAUACUGUCUGUCUGUAUGGUCUCUUCCCUCUAUCCCCUGGGAUAUACUCCUCCACAGAGAUGCUAGACUUUGGUACGCUACGGUCACAAGAUCGCCCGAAACAAUUGAAUUUACAUCUACUAAAUUCGGGAACAAAAGAUGUUGCAAUCACAGUAAGUAGCUUGGUACUUCCUCCUCUUGUCUUCUGUUGACCCCUGUUGACCCCUGUUGACCCCUGUUGACCCCUGUUCUGACGGACAGUUAAUGCUGUAUUCUUUGCUUUACAGAGUAUACGGACGACGCCAUCAAACGAAGCGGUUGCGAUACAUUUCAAAGCGAUCACGCUAAAAGCAGGAGAGAGUAGUUUUACCAAAGUUGCAAGUAUUCGUUUUGAUGGUAAGUGAUGUGAUAUUUUGAAACGUUAAAUCACUGAAUUGAGAAACCUGACAUAUUAACCAUGGAAACCAAAACCAUUACAUUUUAUUGCUAACCUUAUAAAACUCAAUGAAUAGAAAUAACAUUACAUUUUUAGAUAUUUAACCUUUCAGUUGGUGUCUUAGAAAAGAAGAAAAGCUAUUUGGAAAAGCUAUUUAUAAAUACCAUGCUUUUAAAUCAGUGGUAUUCACAUUUUUUCUCAGCGGGUUUACUGAGUGUAGAAAGCAUUAGGAACACUUGCUCUUUCCAUGCCAGAGACCAGGGAUGGGCUACAUUGAUAGGGGGGGGGGGCAAAAAAACUCAAGAGGGGCUGCAGUUAAUUUUGUGCAAUUCUGCACAUUUUGCCAUGGGGUGUAAAGAAAAUGAUGCUGCUUUUAAAGCUAUACUGAACAAAAAUAUAAACGCCACAUGUAAAGUGUUGGUCGCAUGUUUCAUGAGCUGAAAUAAAAGAUCCUGUACGUACAAAAAGCUUAUUUCUCUAAAAUAUUGUGCACAAAUUUGUUUACAUCCCUGUUAGUGAGCAUUUCUCCUUUGCCAAGAUAAUCCAUCCACCUGACAGGUGUGGCAUAUCAAGAAGCUGAUUAAACAGCAUGAUCAUUACACAGGUGCACCUUGUGCUGGGGACAAUAAAAGGCCACUCUAAAAUGUGCAGUUUUGUCACACAACACAAUGCUACAGAUGUCUCAAGUUUUGAGGGAGCGUGCAAUUGACUUGCUGACUGCAGGAAUGUCCACCAGAGCUGUUGCCAGAGAAUUGAAUGUUCAUUUCUCUACCAUACGCAUCAUUUUAGAGAAUUUGGCAGUACGUCCAAUCGGCUUCACAACCGCAGACCACGUGUAUGGCGUCGUGUGGGCGAGUGGUUUGCUGAUGUCAAUGUUGUGAACAGAGUGCCCCAUGGUGGCGGUGGGGUUAUGGUAUGGGCCGGCAUAAACUGCGGACAACGAACACAAUUGCAUUUUAUCGAUGGCAAUUUGAAUGCACAGAAAUACCGUGACGAGAUCCUGAGGCCCAUUGUCGUGCCAUUCAUCCACCAUCAUCACCUCAUGUUUCAGCAUGAUAAUGCACGGCCUCAUGUCGCAAGGAUCUGUACACAAUUCCUGGAAGCUGAAAAUGUCCCUGUUCUUCCAUGGCCUGCAUACUCACCAGACAUGUCACCCAUUGAGCAUGUUUGGGAUGCUCUGGAUCAACGUGUACGACAGCGUGUUCCAGUUCCCGCCAAUAUCCAGCAACUUCGCACAGCCAUUGAAGAGGAGUGGGACAACAGGCCACAAUCAACAGCCUGAUCAACUCUAUGCGAAGGAGAUGUGUCGCGCUGCAUGAGGCAAAUGGUCGCACCAAAACUGACUGGUUUUCUGAUCCACGCCCAUACUUUUUUUUUUUUUAAGGUAUCUGUGACCAACAGAUGCAUAUCUGUAUUCCCAGUCAUGUGAAAUCCAUAGAUUAGGGCCCAAUGAAUUUAUUUCAAUUGGCGGAUUUCCUCAUAUGAACUGUAACUCAGUAAAAUGUUUGAAAUUGUUGCAUGUUGUGUUUAUAUUUUUGUUCAGUAUAUAUUGUUUUUGGCAACCCCACUGCAGUUCCCCCACGACCUCGACUUUGAAUACCACUGCUUUAAAAUAUAUUUAAUAUGACCUGUUCUUGUGACAUUCUCUUAUCUAUGGAUUGAAUAUGUUAUUUUAUUUUCCCAAUGUUUUUUGUUAACAGCAUCAAAAGCACAAAGACCAGUUCAGUUUUCUGGUAAAAUAACAGUGAAGGUUAAAGAGAGAAAGUCCUUUAAGCUUGAAGUCCCGUACCAAGCAGAUGUGCUACAAGGGUAAGAGUGUAUUUGCUCAUUUUGUUUUUUACAGUUUCCGGAUUUGAAACAUUCAUGAUGUCUUAGAUGGUAGGAUACAUGUGUGUUGGUUCAUUCAUGAUUUAACAGGUCUUGGUUAGUUCAUAGUUCAAUUAUGUUCCUGUAGAAUCCAGUUUAAUUUAAAUACACCGUGGACCCAGAUUAUGCCCUGGACUUUCAAUGGGGAUGCUUUUUAGUCCAGGAUUAGUUUUGUACUGGGGUCAGACUAAACUGGCCCUGUAUGUUCGUCCCAUCGGGUCUGAUGUGAUCUCUCUCCUUUUCUCCUGGCCCUCCAGCUAUCUGGCCUUUGACCACACAGCCACGUUGUUCCACAUCAGAGACAGCCCAGAGGUCCCUGUGAACAGACCCAUCUUCCUAACCAACACCUUCAGCUUUGCUGUCCGCAUACACAACGUCACCCUGCCAGAUGAGGCCAAGACCAUGUUCAACGUGAGUUCAGGGGGGCUGUAUGUUUGGCAGGGCUGAUCUAUGAUCAGGCCCCCCCCCUUGUCUAUGGAAUCGUAUUAAUUCUGAUCUAAAAGGCUAAACUGAUCCUAUCUAGCACUCGUAUUCUGAGAUGUUUUUGUGAAUUCUGAGAAAUGUUUCAAACCAGAAUGAAACAGGGAGGUCCUACCUGAAAAUAUGUUCCUUUUCUGUUGUAAAACAUUUUGCUACGGUGUGGCCUGCUGUGAAGAGCCUGCUGUUUUCCUAUCUGGCCUGCUGUGAAGAGCCUGCUGUUUUCCCAUCUCUGUCAGGUUCAGAACCUCAGCGCCCCCGUUCUAAGCCUGCUGUUUUCCCAUCUCUGUCAGGUUCAGAACCUCAGCGCCCCCGUUCUAAUCCCUCCUCACGAGUCUCGCUACGUCUUCCCCCUGUUUCGCCCCGUUCUCCUGGGCCCCCACAUCGAAGCAAAAUCCUCCCCAUCACCACGCAUCCAGUUACCUCCCCCCAGGGGCCCCCACACAGGGUACCCAGAG